CCCUCGGCAAAUUCUCUCACGCCUACUCUCGAGUGUGAGAAGAAAAAAGAGAAAGGGAGAGGAGAGCUCCCAAAAGAACUCAGAUCUCGUUCUGGGGUUAGCGUUUUCGGUCGAGGGCGAUCUAGAGCUAGGGUUAGGGUUUUCGUCGUAGCCGGAGAUGGCUCUUGAGUGGGUGGUGCUGGGGUACGCCGCGGGGGCGGAGGCGAUCAUGCUGCUGUUCCUGACCGUCCCGGGGCUGGGCAGCCUCCGAAGAGGGAUAGUGGCGGUGGCGCGGAAUGCGCUGAGGCCGCUGCUCUCGGUGGUGCCGUUCUGCCUCUUCCUGUUGAUGGACAUCUACUGGAAGUACGAGACUCGGCCGACGUGCGACAAGCAGCACGCCUGCACCCCGGCCGAGUACCUCCGUCACGAGAAGUCCAUCAUUAAGAGCCAGCGCAACGCCAUCCUCAUUGCCGCAGCGCUCCUCCUCUAUUGGCUCCUCUUCGCUGUUACCAACCUCGUCGUUCGCGUCGACCAGCUCAACCAGCGCCUCGAGAAGCUCAAGAGGCAGGACUGAUCGAUCACCGGCUCGCUGAUAUCUCCUACGGAGAAGCAUAUAGGUAGCAUUAACAUAAGUGCCGAAGUUCUUUCAGGCUUGGCUAAUUUCCCCUUUUCGUGAUCCUCUGCUUCUGUUUCGGAUUUCAAUCUUCAGGGAUAUUUAUUUUUCUGCUUGUUACCUUUAAUAUCAUGGUGUAUAGAUACUUUGAUUUAUAUACACUAUUGCAGCUGAUGUGCAUCUUCGAAUGAAGGAGACCUUAAAUUUGGGAUUUAGGGUUUGCAGUCGUUUAUUGGGUCAUAUCUGUUGAAAUGAUGUCUGACUUGUUGAUGGUAGGCCUUUAAUACAAUGGAUGCCCCUUGGAUGGGAAUUUCAUA